AUGAAGGACAAGGUCACCUCGCUGAUGCACGGCGUUCCCGCCAGCCACGGCCAUGGCGGCCAUGGCGGCCAUGGCCACGCGGCGUCGGCGCCACACGGCAGAAGCGCUGGCAAUGUCAAGGCGAGCGUGGCCGCCUCAGAAUUCACAGAGGUUCGGGAACAUGCAUGCUGGCUAUGGUCCCGACUGGGUGUCUCCUUGAUGACGCUGGAAGAUCGCAAUGUGUGGCUGGAGGAUGAGAACAAACGCCUGGAACAGGAGUUGGAGGGCCUGGAAACCCAGAUCCGCGAGGCCCGGCAGCUGCUGAAGAGCCACGGCCGAGUGCCACCGCCUCUGGACACGUCGGAGGAGGCCGUGGGGCCGCAGAUGGAUGCCACGGGAUGUCAGACCCCCAGCCAGAGCAUGACCUCACCGUCGCAGCGCGCCGCCCCCGGCGCCCCGGGCGCCAGCGCUCACACCUUGCAGCCGCGCAGCGGGCAUUCCACGGCGGGCGCCAAACCUGGCGCAUCAGGCCAAGGAGAUGAGCCGUCCCGGGCCGAUGUGCCGCUGCAUUUGCUGGCGGAGUUCUCCUCCGCCUCACUGGACAGGUGGCAGCCGGUGAUCCUGGACGAAGAGCGGCGAUGCUUCUCCUUGCACUGGCCGAAGGCCAUCCCAGAAGGGCUCUCGCGGAGCUACUUCCAGCGCUUGUUGGAUGUGGCGCCGUGGGUGGAGUUGCGGAAUACCAAGGGGACUAGUGUCACCCGCAGUACCUGUUGGUAUGCCACCGGCGGGUGCACCUGCGACUACACUUAUGGACAACAAACACGCGUCACAAACGCCAGUACCCUUCAGCCAGCUGCUGAAGGUGUUGAGAAAGUUGAGCCCAGCGAGAACACGCAGUUCAUCCACGGUUCGGUAGAGGUCGAGCCUUUGUCGGAAGGAUCUCUGAGCAGCUUCAGAUCUGUCAUGGAGGAGAUCUUGGAGUAUGUCUUUGGGAAGCUCUUCCCUGGCCUGAGCAGAGAGGCGUGGCCCAACAGCGCCAACCUGAACCUCUACCGCGACGGGCGGCAAGGCGUAGGCUGGCACGCAGACGAUGAGUUGCUAUUCAAGGGCAAGGAUUCGGACUGUCCCGUGGUGAGCAUCUCCUUGGGCGCGGCACGGGAGUUUUGGAUUGCCUUGAAGGAUGGCACAGCUGGUGAUCCUCCACGGCGGAGCGGGGUCCCCGUUUCUGACAGCAUCGUGGAAUUGGACCUUGAAGAUGGCGAUGUGCUGACAAUGGAGGGUCGCUUGCAGCGGCACUGCUUGCACUUCGUGCCCAAGUGCAAUCCGCGCGAGCCCUUGAGAGACGAGAGGAUCAACAUCACCUUUCGAUGGGUCAGAGAACAUCGAUAUCGUUGUCCUUUACGUUGGAGGCACGCAGAAACCAUGGACCGGACCCUGUCUGCCAUCAUUGGCACUUUGGACAGCCAGGACCAGGAUCGAAGGCUGCUUCCAUUGAGUUUGCAAUUCCAUGGGGGUGCCUACGCGAGAGACUGGAGCCAGCAGGUUUGUCCCGGCGUCUUGAACCCGGAGCAGCAGCUUCGCCUCUGUGACGGGUGCAAGCACGUUUGCUACGCAGAAGGUCGGCCCUGUUGCGAAGGAGUGGGCGACUGGGCAGAGCACUGGUUCUGCCGCCGGUGUUGGUUCCAUUGGGAACCGGAAGCGUUCUCCGAACCACCCAGCUUGGAGGCCUGGUGUGUCCCGAAUUACUCCGAGAAUUGGGAGAGGUGGGAGACGAUUGGACCCUACGACACUGGUGUUCUGGAGGCGCUUGAACCCAUCAUGCAGCCUGAGCCCGUUUGGAACAUGAGACCAGCUUUUGCAUUGUGGUGUGGCGCCUGGGAGCAGUUGCAACUUCUCGGAGAAAUUCAGAAUGAUGCGCAGCUGCUGAAGCUGGAGACUCCUAGCACCUUGCCUUCAGGGGAAGGCCUCGCCCUCUUCGCUGCCGGGACAUAUCCUGCGCGCGAGUACAUUGUUGAGGGAGGCCGCUGGAUGAUUGCUGUCAACAAAGAGGGUCUCGACGAGGUCUGGCUGGCCAUGUGUCAAGGCCUUCUGCAAGGCCUCUUCGAUGGCCAAGCCGGGGCUUGCGGUAUUGCCGCUACGUUGUCCACCAGGUCCCCGUGCCGGGACGGCAAGUUGGCCGUGUGGCUGCUGAAAGCCCAGGAUGAUCUGCACGUCCUGGCUGUUGGGAGUGUCUUCAUGGACUUGCUGCGGGCGAAGGGCUUUGUUGGGCGAUUGAAGUUCGAGAAUUUCCAGCGGGGCAAAGUCACGCUUUCUCUCCGUCCGUGA